AUGGCGAAAGAGACUUCGGAAUCCUCGAUCCCCCUCCGUCUCCUUCAACUCCACGCCUCCGAUUUCUCGCCCAGCCUCACCGCCUCCUCUUUAUCGACUCCCUUCAAGCUGGACGAGGGUUACUCGGAUGAUACUCGGAGUCAGCCUGAUAAGGAGCUCCUGAGUGGUACUCCAGACGAUGUGAUGUCGCUUCCUGACUGGCUUCUUGCUCAUAGUGAAGCGGACCGAGCUGAGCUCGCGUAUAGUCUUUUACGUACGUUGCGCACCUCCACCCUCGCCACAGUCGUGGACCGAUUGUCGCCUCUUCUACACAUGGACCCUGUCCUUAAACUCCCCCCCGAGAUCACCUCCGAGAUCUUUUCCUACCUCGACCCACAGACCCUCUUAACCGCGUCACUUGCAUCCCGCGCUUGGCGAAGCCGUAUAUUUGAUUCUCGUCUCUGGAGGGACCUUUAUAUCGGGGAAGGCUGGCGGGUUGAUAUCGAUGCGAUCCAUGCAUUCGAACGGGAACAAUCCGCGUUGUCGUCCCCCCAGUCCCGUAAAUCGCGAUCAAGACACGCAGAUACAGAUAUCGGUGAGCCCAAACACAAGAAGCGCGUCCCUCUCGGUUGGUUGGACUCGCGGGCGACGGCUUCAGAGGAGAAUGGCUCCACUACGCGGGAGAACGGAGAAAGACCUCGAGAGGCGGACCGAGAAGGGGACCAUGUAAUGAAUGAUGCCGCGGAUGAUCGAAGCGCACUUUUCUCCCGGGCACAGGAACUCGGGAAAAGACGCGAGUCCCAGGCCGGGAUUAGUCCCCCGAAGUCCUUGCCACAAGCCUUGUCAACACAUCCGAAAUCCUCUCUUCUGAUUCGCAUGGCAAAUGGGUCCGUCAAGGUCAACUGGCCACACCUCUUCAGACAACGUCGCCGGUUAGAAGAUAAUUGGACCAAGGGCAAAUUCACAAACUUCCAACUUCCACACCCGGCGCAUAUGGAAGAGGCUCAUAGGGAGUGCGUCUAUGCAAUCCAAUUUAUUGGGAAGUGGCUGGUGAGUGGAAGCCGAGAUCGAACCGUCCGCGUCUGGGAUCUGGAGACGAAGAGACUGUGGUACAGACCUCUUGUUGGCCACACGAAGUCGGUGUUGUGCCUCCAGUUCGACCCAAGUCCCUCUGAAGAUAUCAUCGUAUCUGGAAGCAGCGACAAGAAUGUUAUCGUAUGGAGAUUUUCUACAGGGGAAAAGAUUCACGAGAUUGCUCCUGCUCACGAUGAUUCUGUUCUGAAUCUCAGAUUCGACCACCGGUAUCUCGUAACUUGCUCCAAGGACAAACUCAUCAAAAUCUGGAGCCGACGCGAUUUAUCACCACUCGAUCAGGACUACCCGAGCGUCCACCAGGGGUCUGGGGUCACAUAUCCGUCAUAUAUAGUCGACACAAGCGAGAUCCCCUCCCCUGUUCUGGAAGCCGAGAUUGCCAAGCAUCAUCUCCGUACCCUUGCACCCUUCACUCUCCUAAUGACCCUAGACGGACAUACAGCGGCUGUCAAUGCUAUCCAGAUGAACGAGGACGAGAUUGUCUCCGCCUCAGGCGACCGACUGAUCAAGAUUUGGAAUGUUCGAACCGGUACAUGUAAAAAGACCCUUAUGGGCCAUGAGAAAGGCAUCGCGUGCGUUCAGUUCGACAACCAGCGGAUUGUCAGUGGAAGUAACGACGACACUGUUCGAAUCUUCGACCACAUUUCGGGUGCCGAGGUGGCUUGUCUACAUGGACAUGGCAAUUUAGUCAGAACUGUCCAAGCGGGGUUUGGUGAUCCCCCAGGGGCGGAAGAAGCUCUAAGGCUAGAAGCACUAGCAGUAGAUAGGGAAUUCUUGAACGCCCAUACCUCUGGCCACGCGGUUGAUCUCAGCGCCGCAGCCAUGAGACGAGCAGGCUACCGACAGAACACCGCGGGAUCGAAACACCCACGAGACAUCAGGGCAAUAGGUGCGCACAUUCCACCAGGAGGCGGCGGCAGCAAGUGGGCAAGGAUUGUCUCUGGCUCCUACGAUGAGUCUAUUAUUAUCUGGAAGAAGGAUAGAGAAGGCCAAUGGGUCGUCAGCCAGAGGCUGCGACAGGCUGAUGCUGCGGUCACUGCCACGCAUAAUUCCUAUCUAAGUAGUUCCGCACGCACCAGCUCUUCUCGAGGCAAUGCAUUUUCCCAGCAAGCCGCUCAAGCCGCACAAGCAUCAUCGUCGUCGUCGUCGCCGUCGCCGCCUGCAAACAGCAACCCACAAGCCUCAAGCAGCCGGUUGACUUCCCAGCAACAGCAAGGGAGUUCUGGCAGAGCUGCACAACAAGGACCUCCUUCAUCAUCGAACGCCGCCCUCCCUCAAGGCCAGCACCUCCCUAAUCGCCCACCUCCUAACGGCACUGCCGUCCCCAACCUGAUGGCCAACUACUACGCUAAUUCCCGCGCCAGACCGAACGUCCCACCCGCCCAACCCCCAACAUCUAGGAUUUUCAAAAUCCAAUUCGAUGCCCGCAAAAUCAUCUGUGCUAGCCAGGAUCCUCGAAUUGUCGGCUGGGAUUUCGUCGGAGAUGAUGAGGAUCUCAACGAAGCAUGUCAAUUUUUCACAGGUCUAUAA